GAUAGAGUGAGAUAAAGAGAGAGAGAGUGAAAUAAAGAGAGAGAGAGAGAGAGAACGAAGCCCCAGGGAUACAAAGUCUGCUUUCAUAAGAGUUUGUUUGGGAUCCCAUUCUUUGUUGAUGGGCAGUAAUGUUCAGCUCACUCUUCCCUCGACCCCGGAGCUCACGUCGUACAUUUUAAUCUCUGGAGAGAGGGGGAGCUCCGGAGAGCCUCUGGGGAGAGCGUGUGGAACACCAGCCGGCCCCUGGAGUCCACUCCUUGUUUUCCAUGCAUCCCUGGAGAUUGGGAAGCUGCUAAAAGUUCAAACAGACACACUCCCUCACGCUCGGCACGGCGAGUGCUCAGAGAUUAGGGGGUUUGUCUGCACCGCCGGCAAAAGAAGGAUAGCUCACAACUCGCCAAGUUGCCGAGCAGGGAGAAUGUAUCAGUUUUUCAUUUGGUGCAGGUUUCACAGGUAUGACAAACAUGAGUUGGUUUGCUCCAAAGCAAACACCGGCAAGGCUGUUGUUUCAACUGUUCUCACGGGACAGGUAGAGGGGACUGGGGGGAGAAGGAGAAGCCUGCAAACGCCGUCCAGAUGCUCUUGCUGGGCUGCUGAGUAGAAGACUAAGGGGGAGGUUAUGGAGGCGGCACCGAGGCUUUGCUCAGGCUUGUUUGAAGUUGUUUUCUACGUGUCAAAGGUGAAGGAUUAUGCCUGAGGUUGGAAUGCAGCCUGGUCAAGAACUCAGAGACCAGCAAUAAACAGCACGGGGCAAAGAGUGGGUGUGUUAGCGUGCGUGUGUGUUGAAUGAGCGUACCGUGUCAUGCUACUGCUGAGCAGCCACACGGAGGAUGCUAUCCCCCGGGGAGCGGCUGUGGGCCAGCAGCAGGGGAAGACGGUGUACCACGUCUCCGUCAUCCUGAAUGGGGGCCCUGGGGAUGAGCUUGGGCCCGGGCCAGAGACGGAGCAGGGGCUGGGUCAUGUCGAUGGCCGUCAGCCAGGAGAGAGCAGCCGGGCUGGUGCCCAGGCCCAGGGUGCGGAGAGCAGCCUGGGGCUGAGCAGGGCAAGGCGUGAGUUCGGCAGGUGGCCCUCCCUGAGCCGCACAGGGAGAGCCAUGAGGAGGAGGGAGGAGGUCGUAAUGGAGGAGGAGGAGGAGGUGGAGGUGGAGAAGGUGGAAGGGGAAAGAAUCAAGACGGACCGGUUUCUCCAACAGCCUUCAGCUACCUCAGCUCAGCCAGUCGAGGGCACGGUACAGGCUGGAACAGAGGCAGCCACAGCAGCUCCGGAGAACCAGACCCAGGUGCCUACAGAGACUUCUUCUCCCCAGACUGCAAGCCCUCUCACUGGGGAGGAUGGCUGGGCGUCGGGCCACGGUUCCCUGCCGCGGGUCGUACUGCGCAGGCCACCCCAGGAGGCAGGCCCACCUAGCCGGAGAACGGUGAGCAUGUAUGGAGCUCCAAACAGGCAACAACGUGGCUCAAUAAGUGAUCAGGAACGGCCGCUGAGAAGGCCCAGGAGUGUGUGCAUGCUUACAGUCCCCGACCCAGCCUCGACAGAGUCCAAGCCCCAUCAGGCCUCCAGGGGGGCUGGGUGUCUGGAUCCCACUCAGCAGAACAAAACCAGGAGGGCUGAGCUCCGAGCAGUCGACGGCCUCAGGUCCGUCGUGUCCCAGCGGCCCACCGGCCCCGAGCAGGCGGGGGCACCAGGGCUCCGCCAGAGGGGCAGUAGACCCAGGCCCGUCAGCAUGACAGUGCUGGAGCUGGGAAAGCGGGGCCUUCACGAUGAGCUAAACAGCCGGCCGGGGGGCGAAGGGGCAGGCCUGUUCAAAGGUGCCUUCCGCUGGAGGCUGUUUGGCCGAGCUCCCCAGGACAAGGAGAGGGAGAAGGACGGGGGUGAUGGAAGGGACAGGGAGGCCAAGCCCCCCAGCAACCCGGGGGCCCCCAAGAGGACCCUGAGCUCGCUACGGCGGAGCCUCAGCCUGCGUAUCAGGAGGAGCCGUCCGGUCACCAGGCCAGAGGGGGGAGCGGAGGGACGCUCCAGGACUCACAGUACUGGGGAGCAGACGGCUCCGCGACCCUUCUCCUACCUGACCGGGAGGACCUUGGGGGAAGGGGAGGAGGAGGGUGGCGCGGGGACGCAGUACUUUGAGUUCCAGAGCAGGGGGAAGGUCAAUGUGAUGGAGGUGCCCCUCUACCCCGCCAAACUGUUGGCGAAACCAAGCCAGGAGGAGCCCAGCAUGUGGCAGCUCCUAGCCAAGCGCUUCAGGAGAAAGGAGCAGCCACCCAAUGGCACAUGUGAGCCUGUCCAGCCCCAGAGCAAAGAAACUGGCAAACAUCCACUGGCAAGGAAUAUAAAGCCCCAGUCGGUUGCUAUAGAGACAGUGGCAGGCAUUGACUUCAACAAAGGUCAAGAUUCCUUCGUCAACAGCCAGGAAUGGACAUUGAGCCGGUCAGUGCCAGAACUCAAAGUGGGCAUCGUGGGAAACCUGUCCAGUGGGAAAUCGGCCUUGGUCCACCGGUACCUGACAGGAACAUAUGUGCAAGAGGAGUCCCCUGAAGGCGGACGUUUCAAGAAGGAGAUAGUGGUGGACGGACAGAGCUACCUUCUGCUGAUCAGAGAUGAAGGUGGACCCCCGGAGCUACAGUUUGCAGCCUGGGUGGAUGCUGUCGUGUUUGUCUUCAGUCUGGAGGAUGAGAUCAGCUUCCAGACAGUAUACAACUACUUCCUGCGUCUGUCAAGUUACAGGAACACAGCGGAGGUCCCCAUGGUCCUGGUGGGGACGCAAGACGCCAUCAGUGCUGCCAACCCCAGAGUAAUCGACGACUCGCGAGCCAGGAAGCUGUCCAACGACCUGAAGCGCUCCACCUACUAUGAGACCUGCUCCACCUAUGGGCUGAACGUGGAGAGAGUCUUCCAGGAUGUGGCCCAGAAGGUGGUGGCCCUGAGGAAAAAACAACAGCUGUCUAUUGGUCCGUGCAAGUCCCUGCCCAACUCUCCCAGCCACUCGUCGGUCCCUUCUGCUUCCAUCCCCUCAGUGCACAUCAACCAGGCGGCUAACGGCGGGGGCGUGUUUAACGACUACUCCUCGUCCGUGCCCUCCACUCCCAGCAUCAGCCAGCGGGAGAUGCGCAUCGAGACCAUCGCAGCCUCCAACACGCCCACGCCCAUCCGCAAGCAGUCCAAGAGGCGCUCCAACAUCUUCACAUCGCGGAAAGCCAGCGAUCAAGGCAAGAGCACUGACAGUAAAACUGACAACAUAGGCAGUGGAAGAGCUAUACCAAUCAAACAGGGCAUCCUGCUGAAGCGGAGUGGCAAGUCCCUGAACAAGGAGUGGAAGAAGAAAUACGUCACCCUGUGUGACAACGGCCUCCUGACCUACCACCCCAGUCUACAUGACUACAUGCAGAACAUACACGGGAAGGAGAUCGACCUGCUGCGGACCACGGUGAAGGUUCCAGGGAAGCGGCCUCCCAGGGCCGUGGCCACCGUGGCCCCCACCGCCAGCCCCAAGACCAACGGGCUCACCAGGGACCGGAGCACCCUGCAGCUGGGCGUAGGAGCCACUGGUGCCCCUCACUCCAGCAGCAGCACGUCUCUCCAGUCGGGGGUGUCAGUGGGGGGCGGCCUGGCUGGCUUCGGGGGUAGUAAGGACGGCAUGCACCAGCGCUCCUUCUCCGUGUCCAGCGCCGACCAGUGGAACGAGGCCUCCAUCAACGCCGGCUCCGGGACCGCCAAUGGGACGGGCGACGCGUCCACAGGCAGUGCCGGGGUGUGCAGCGCCACCAGCCCCAAGCUGGAACCGCCUCCUUCGCCCCACGCCAACCGCAAGAAACACAGGCGGAAAAAGAGCACAGGCAUCACGAAGCCGGACGGGCCGUCCACGGGCAACGAAGAGCAAGAGGAGUCGUUCGAGUUUGUCAUCGUGUCCCUGACCGGCCAGAUGUGGCACUUCGAGGCGUCCACGUUUGAGGAGCGAGAGCUUUGGGUCCAGGCCAUCGAGAGCCAGAUCUUCGCCAGCCUGCAGUGCUGUGAAAGCAUGAAGAACAAGUCUCGUCUGGGCAGCCAGAGCGACGCGGUGGCCAUGCAGUCGGUACGCAACGUGAGAGGGAACAGCUUCUGCGUGGACUGUGAUGCGCCCAAUCCAGACUGGGCCAGUCUCAACCUGGGGGCUCUGAUCUGCAUCGAGUGCUCGGGGAUCCACAGGAACCUGGGCACCCACCUGUCCCGCGUGCGCUCCCUGGAUCUGGACGACUGGCCCGUGGAGCUGAGCAUGGUGAUGGCGGCCAUCGGGAACGCCAUGGCCAACAGUGUGUGGGAGGGGGCUCUGGAGGGCUACAGCAAGCCUGGCUCCGACUGCAGCAGGGAGGAGAAGGAGCGCUGGAUCCGGGCUAAGUAUGAGCAGAAGCUGUUCCUGGUGGGGCUGCCCCAGUCCGACGUGCCCCUGGGCCAGCAGCUGCUCCGGGCCGUGGUGGAGGACGACCUGAGGCUGGUGGUGCUGCUCCUGGCCCACGGCACCAAGGAGGAGGUGAACGAGACGUACGGAGACGGCGACGGCCGCACCGCCCUGCACCUCUCCUGCUCCAUGGCCAACGUGGUCAUCACUCAGCUGCUCAUCUGGUACGGCGUGGAGGUCAAGAGCCGGGACGCUCGCGGCCAGACGCCGCUGUCCUACGCCCGGCGGGCAGGAAGCCAGGAGUGCUCGGACAUCCUGCUCCAGCACGGCUGCCCCAACGACGCCAGCGGCCAGGCCAAUGACGCCACGCCCAACAUGAGCCGCCGGAACCCCAACGUCAACAACAAUGCCCAGUGCGAGCUCAACCGCAGCGUCAGCAUCAUGUAGAGCCCGGAGGAGGAGCGGACAAGUGUCACUCACGCUCACACACACACACACAUACACACACACACACUGUGUUCCAUAUACUGUGUCCCUCCUCCCCCUCCACCGUCUCAUACUGUGUAAACUAGACUGUGUCAGUCAGAAGCCAUGGACAAAAUGCUUUUAUUCGAUGGCGAGUGUUGGGCGUCUGUUUUGAUUUUGUUUUCGUUUGUUUGUGGAAUUCUCAUCACAGAGAUGUGACACACGCAAAUGAUCGUGAUCAGCUUGAAGCAUUUUGUGAUUAAGCAUCAACCAAACAAUUGUCGCGCAGCAUCCCUACGAAAAGCAUUUUUUUUAUGCUUGAAUGUUUAUUUGAUGUGUUCCUCUUUUGAAGCGAAACCAUUUCUUUGUUUUUAGUUUAAUGAGCACGUCCAUUAUUUCACACGUCCAUGCUGUAGUGUUGAAGGACUUUCUUGUUUGGGAACUAUCGGCUGAAGGGUACCACACAUGCACGCACCAUGAAACAAACGUUGAGUUUAAAAGAAAUGUGUUUGAUCCAGCAAUUAGGGCUCAAACUCUUGACGUGCCAUUUCUACCAAGAGGCACAGCAGGUCCAGAAGAAGAUUCAAAAUGAUUGAAAUAUUUUGCUUCAGAGGGAAAACUGUUGAAAUCAUUUGACAUAAAAGAGUUGAUUGCACAAUGCGUUGUGGGAGCAGAAAAAAAGUCAUUUGUUCUUCCACCCUUAUCGUGAUCCUCAAAUCCGCAAAUCAUCCAUGAUUAUAAGGGAAUAAAGAGGAAUACUGUUUUAUGACCAUCAAGCCGAAUGGUUUUGUAAAGAUGCCUCUUCAAUCAAAAAUCAUUCAAAGGGUUGAUUGAAAGAGGGAAAUUGUAUCAUUAUGACAUCUUUGUUGAAGUAAUUUUCUGACUGGUUAAAGUGUUUUGAUAAUUGUUUGACACAGAAACCCUAUCCCCGUUUUCCGACCACACACGUUAUGGAAUAUCAAAUCACCUCCUGUGGCCAAAGGUUCGAAAUCGCUAUAGACAACAGCUUCUCCUGCUGUUGCCGUGAAAAGUGUGGACACUGUUGGGAGAAAAGGUAAAUGCCUACAGUGGUUUGGCCCGAAGAUUACAAGCAAAAAGCUGUGCAGACCUGUAAAAAGUAGUUCUUCCUUCAGUUAGUGGAUUUUUGGAAACGUUGCCCCUCGUUUUCUUAAAAUGUGACUUAAACUAACCCUCUAGCCCCUCAACCGAAUUCAGGGCACCUAACCAAGAAUCUGUGUGUUGAGAUUGAGCUCUGUUCUGAGAGAGCUGGGAGAAGUGUAGAUGACUUGACACUCUGAUUCAUCAUGUGUUUGUGUGUAUAUAUCAGUACUUUGUCAUUAUAAACCAAGGCGAGGUAGUUGGAUAACAGGAAUAUUGAAGUGGCACAAACAUUUUCUUUAUUUUCUUCUGCCAUUUUGAGAUCAAAUGUCAAGUUUACAAUGGCACUGUUUAUGUUUACAGAGCAAAGCCUCCGCAUAUGAAUUUGGUACAUUGAUCAUCUACAUGGUUUUGUUGAAUCUUUCAGUGUUGCAUUUUUUAGAAGCUCUACAAAAUCGAGUUGUGGUCAGUUAGGUACAGUGUGUAAUAAGACCAAGGGAAUUUCUUUCCUUAGUCUCUCCGAUUGGCCACACAUUCAACCAAAUCAAAUUCAAACUGAAAAGUCAACUGAGUUUGUAGAUAGCCUUAAUUUACUCUGGUACAAUAUAGUUGUCCUUCUCUCCAGUGAGUAUUAGGUACAGGUGGCUGUUGGACCAACAUAAUUCAAUUAGUUUGCUAAAGCAUUUCAAGGCAUGUCUGUUGAGAAGUUCAUAUCGUAGUAUGCAGUAGGACUACAACAAACUAUGUCCGAUUUCCCAUAUAAACUAAUAGAAAUGUAAGAAACUUGCUUGACUAGAACCCUUAUGCAAUGCAAGUUUUUCCCUCUCCAAAGACAGGAUAUACUGUAAGUGUAAAUAUUAGUUUAAGAAGCUCAAAUUCGCAAUAGCUGCAACCACGUACCACUGGGGCCAUUUUUGUGGACCGACCGACAGAGCAAGCUGCAGAGCGGCUUGUCACAGCAAGCAAGAUGUAUUCCACCAGACAUGCACCCAGACAAAUACAUUGAAAUGGUUUUAGGUCUACAGUCACCAUAUUUGACUUGUUAACCCUUUUUUGAUAUGUUGUUUAAAAAGGUUUCGUCCUUGUUUUUAAUCAUAUUUUAGGUACUUCUGUGUAUCUACAUUAUGUGACCGUUUGAGGUACUUUGUGUAUAAUGAUGUACAUUUGACAUAUUUAUAAUGCAGUAUGUAAAUAUUGUUUUUUGUUUGUUUAAUUUUCCUAUUGAUUUUUUCUUUCUUUUACGUUCAGAACGUGAAACAAAGCAAAGCUAAAGAGUUACCCGUUGUGUGCUUGGACGCUUGGCUGACUGUUGACCUAUUAAUAAACACUCCAAUAAAACCAUGUAGCCUUUCCUGGAUUUGGGGAAUAA